UUUGGUCGUGCUGUGAAAUAGUUAAAAGUCAAAUUCGCGAACAAAUCGUUUUUUUUUGGAUCGUUUUUGUGCGUUUUCGAAACUUUUGAUCGUUUCAAAGUCGAUUGUUGUGCGUUUUUUGUUAAAUUUUGUUUUCACUUGUGACCUCUAGAUUGUGAUCUGUGAGAGGUUCAAUUGAGUUUUUCUAUUGUCUCUCCUGUCGGUUAAUUAGUAUGCGUAGACACGUAAUUUACAACCACAUACACGGGUCGGACGAGGAAGAAUGUUGUAACGCUCCGAGAGACUACAACAGCCUGAGGAGGGAAUCCAAAAUGCUAUUGUUCAGAAGACCGUUUCAGUCCGUAACGGACAAGCGAUCUCAGAACAACGACUGCGGAGAGAACAGCAUGACCAUCGUCACAGAGAAGAAGAUAGAAGAUGACGCGUCGGAGUCUUCUAGCGGAGAAAACGUAGAUAUAGAAGAUAAGUCUCUACCGAUAGUGGAGCCAGCACUCGAGUCAUCAGAAGUCGGCCACGCCGCGCAGUGUUCCUGCCCGAACUGUGAUGAAAUACUCUCCAGGUUCUCUGAAUGCAGCAUAUGCUUGGAGCCCUUACAGUGCUGUGGCCCCUGCGUGUGCCCGUGGUGCGGCGGCGUGUGGUGCGCGCGCUGCUCGCGCCGCAUGUCGCGCUGCGCGUGGUGUCGCGGCAGCUUGCGCGCGCCCGCCGCGCCCUGCCUCGCGCUGCAGCGGCUCAUCAACGACCUCUUGCUGCCAUGUCGGAACUAUAGACGAGGAUGCACAGAACUGUUGACAGCGACCAUCAGAGCCAAACACGAAGAAGAAUGCAAAUAUGACACAAUGAUUUGCCCAAUCACACCAAACUGCUGCUCCGUACCCUUCGAGGAACUAUCAGGUCACCUCCAGUCAAACCACAACAUAAUAGCCGUCUACUCACAGAAGAUCAAGAUAUUAAUAGAAAACUUCCAAACGAAACUAAAGAAAACUGCCUGCUGUAGAACCAAAUACAAAAUCGUAUUGCUCUACCAAAAAAGCGCUUUCAUAAUCAAAGUUUGCAUAUACAACUAUCACGUUAAAGUUGAAGUCAUGAGACGGAAGCUAGGUUACAUCGCUGAUGUGAAAUCAGAGUCAAAGAAAAGUGACUACUGUGCACUGAUCGAGUUUCAAAGUAAGGCAUUGUGCACUAAAUCAGCAAUACUUAUUGAAAAUGAAGCAUAUAGUAAAAAAGCUGAAGUGCAAUGGAACGAUGUUAUUCUUAAAUCGGAAAACGAUGAAGCUAUUACCAUUCAUGUUAAUAUUGGUAAAACUGAUUCUGAACCUGUUAGGAAAGAUCUACCUGAAUCAUGAUAAGAUCGAGGACAACAUGUAUUGAGUGUACACGGUGAACUAAAAGGCAUGUGAUAAGAGGACGCUUGCUUUUGAAGAUGUUUUAAACUGGAUAAAUUUAAAACAAUCUUCAAAUAUUAAUAAGAGGCCAAAAGAACUUAAUGGUUUAACAAAACCAGAGCUUGUAUUAUAUUAACUCUUAUGAAAUCAACGAUGAACUUAAAAUAAUUUUAAAAUUGUUUACGAGGUGAACAGGAAUUCCGUUUUAUUCCUUUUCAAUACGAGGCUUUUGUAAAGUUGAUAUUUUAAGAGUGUUCCUUAACAUUACAGAUAUUUUCAAAUAUUUUAGAUUAUACAUUCCAAAUGUUUUUGGAUCAUAUUUUUUGUGAUUUUAAUGUAAGAUAGAUAAAUAUGUGGAUAGUCAGUUUUCAAGUUAGCUAUACAAUGACUGAUAUAGGCAUACGAGUAAAUUUUAGAUAUGUACUUACAUAUUAGGUACGAUUGUAUUUAAAUAUAAGAUUUUAAAUAAAUAGUUUGAAUUCCUA